AUGGCCACUCCCUGGAAUAUUCGAGGGUCAGCAUCCCAGCUUUUUUUCCAAGACAAAACAUCACCCCAAUACAAAGCCUUGCUUGCCAUCGCAGACGUGCCUCAUCCAGAUCGGUCUAUAUUAGGCUCUUUCAUCAACGAUGCGCUUGAUCCCCAAGAAGCAGCGCGAUACUUUCUUCGCGUGACAUCUAUGGAAAACGGCUCCAAGGCACAGUUUCUGUCAGAAUGGAAACUCCUUACCGACAAGUUUCGGCCGACAUUAGCAACCUCACUGUCCACUGAGACGAAGAAGCUUCUCUAUGAAAGGGAUGGAGGUCGGUGUUGUCUGACGCGUACACCGUUCAAGUCGCACUUGGAUCACAACAUAAAAUAUGUUCACCUGCUUUCGCCUCAUGUUUUUGCAGAUCCAGAUUUGUCAGAAGGAGCUGCUCUAUCUGAGAUGUUGAGCGCCUUUUUAUCUAGGGAGCGAUUGGAGAUUGUUCGUUCGCAUUUUGAGGGGCCCCACUGUAAGCUACCAGAAAGACUUGAUAAUCUCUGGAUGUUGUCUACGCAGGCCUUUGAUGCCGUGAAGGAAGGGGAGGUGUUUUUAAUCGUCAAAAGCCGGGCAAACCAUCCCGAUACGACUCAAAAGCAGACUAUAAGUUACCCUUCACUAGAGAAUGCAAUUUUCAUUGAUGUUGACGUACCCGAGUACUACAUCAAUACCAACUGGUUUAAACCCCAACAUUGCGGUCGCCUUUCUUUGCCAAUGAACGAAAUACACCUUGAGAAUAGGUCUCCUCAGCUAACCCCAAUUCUCAACGAAGAACUCAUUGGUAUUCACGCACGUUUUGCAAAGUCCUUAGCGUGGAUGGAGACAGAGAAGUAUAUGAACACAGAAUCAAGUCUGCCUUCGUUGGCACCGCCAUUUUUCCCCCUUUUCCGAAAGCUCUGGAUCGCAUUGCCAUCUUUUGUUCGAGCAUCCAUUUAUGAUGGAUUACUCUGGAUUGGUUCUCGUCUUUACGGGCCCUCCCUUUCGAUGACCGUCUUUAAACUACCAUUCGGCUUGUAUUUACGAAGAGGAUCCCCAGUCUUGGCACCAAAAUACCAUGUUGAAGCUCGCACUCUCCACAUGGUAAAACAAUUGACUCAAAUUCCUGCACCACGAGCAAUCGAUGUCGUGGAAACUCCUCAUUUUUCCUUCUUGCUCAUGACCUGUGUUCCUGGACGCCCCAUCGGUCAAAUGCUGCAUACCAUGACUGAUGAACAAGUGAAGCACGCCGUAACUGACUUGAAAAGAUAUAUUUCUGAACUGCGGAAAAUACCGAACACGAUAACAGAAUUUCAAAUUUGCAAUUCGCAAGGUGGCGGUAUCUUGGACUGGCGAAUUCCCGAUACCGAUUUCAACAAGUAUUUAACUGAUCCUUUUUGGGACGAAAUUCGGAGACGUGCUGCAAAAUCGCAUAAUAUUCGCCACGACAUAGUGUUUACUCCUGGUGACCUGAACCCAAGGAAUAUUCUCGCAGAGAACGGAAAGAUCACGGGUAUUAUCGAUUGGGAAAUUGCAGGCUGGUUUCCUGAGUAUUGGGAGUAUACUAAGGCGCAUUACACCGUCCGAAGCGUGAUCCGUUGGCUUGCUGAUGUCGUCGACGAGGUAUUUGAGGGCUAUCGCAAUGAAUUGGUGGUGGAAAAUCUGCUUUCCAAUCUUCUGAGCCCUUUUUAG